UAUAAAUUAUAGCUAAUCUCGUUCAUUUAAUUUCAUUUUUUUACGAUAUUAAAGUAUCUAUUUAUUUUUUGAACUAAUCUAACAAUGAACACCGAUAUUGAUAAUGAAGAUAGCUUGUAUCCUAUUGCAGUUUUACUGGAUGAGUUAAGGGCUGACGAUGUUAAUUUUCGUUUAAAUGCCAUCAGACGUCUUUCAACUAUCGCCUUAGCACUAGGUGUUCAAAGAACUCGGGAUGAGCUUAUACCAUUUCUUGAUGAAUCCAUCGAUGAUGAAGACGAAGUACUUUUAGCAUUAGCAGAAGAACUUGGCAAUUUUGUAGAAUAUGUUGGCGGUAAAGAUCACGCGCAUAUUAUACUUGGACCACUGGAAAAUUUGGCUGCCGUCGAAGAGACUCUUGUUAGAGACAAGGCUGUCGAAUCUUUGACCAAGGUUGCAAUAGUUCUCUCUCAACAACAAAUUGAAGAAUAUUACAUACCGCUUAUUAAACGCUUAGGUAGUGGAGAUUGGUUUACCAGUCGUACUAGCGCUUGCGGGUUGUAUGCAGCAGCAUACCAAACUGCAACUCCAUCUUCACAGGAUGAAUUACGAUCAAUGUUCAAACAACUAUGCCAGGAUGAUACGCCAAUGGUUAGAAGGGCUGCUGCUGCUAACCUAGGUAAAUUUGCGAAAAAAAUUCCAAAAGAGCAGGUUGUUUUGGAUAUUAUUCCAUUAUUUAGUAAGCUUGCACAAGAUGAACAAGAUUCUGUGCGUUUACUGACCGUUGAGGAUUUAGUUGCAAUUGCUGAAAUUCUUACUAAAGAAGAAAGCAAAACCUAUCUUUUGCAAACUUUAAGAAGUAUGGUUUCAGAUAAAAGCUGGAGAGUUAGAUAUAUGAUAGCCGAAAAUUUCGUCAAGAUAGCAAAAGCUGUUGGUGAAGAAGUAACGCGCGAUGAUUUAGUAUUAGCAUUCGUUCAUUUGCUUAAAGAUAAUGAAGCAGAAGUAAGAACAGCCGCAUCUGGCCAAGUUCCAGGAUUUGCACAAAAUAUCGAUAAACAAACAAUUUUAUUACACAUUUUACCAUGCGUUAAGGAUUUAGUUACUGAUACAUCACAACACGUUCGAGCAAGUUUAGCCACUCAAAUUAGUGGAUUGGCGCCUAUUUUAGGCAAAGAAGCUACAACCGAACAUUUGUUGCCGUUAUUUUUGCAACUUCUGAAGGAUGAAUUCCCAGAUGUUAGAUUAAAUAUUAUAUCAAAAUUGGAACAAGUAAAUGAAGUUAUCGGAAUUGAGCUUUUAUCGCAGAAUCUUCUUCCAGCUAUAGUUGAAUUAGCAGAAGAUAAGCAAUGGCGCGUCCGUCUUGCAAUUAUCGAUUAUAUUCCUUUACUUGCUAGCCAAUUAGGCGUUGCAUUUUUUGACGAAAAGUUAGGAAAUUUGUGUAUGUCUUGGUUGGGAGAUAAUGUUUAUUCUAUUCGUGAAGCCGCAACGGUUAAUUUGAAAAAAUUGACUGAAGUAUUUGGAGUCGAAUGGGCAAAGACUACAAUUAUACCAAAAGUGCUAGCAAUGGGAAAUCACCCAAAUUACUUAUAUAGAAUGACGACUAUUUUUGCUAUCACGACAAUGGCUCCUGCCGUUACUCCAGAAGUGAUCAGAGAUUAUAUUCUUCCUACAGUGAAUAAUUUAGUUUCUGAUCCUAUUCCUAAUAUUCGAUUUAAUGUGGCUAAAUCCUAUGAAGUCUUAAUACCUGUUCUUAAACAGAGUCAAGAAACCGUAGUACUUUUAGAUGCACAAGUAAAGCCCGCAUUGGAUAAAUUACGAGAGGAUUCAGAUGCAGAUGUCAAAUAUUUUGCCGAAAAGGCAUUACUUGCGGGCUAUCAAUAAGUGUUUGCUAUAAAAGUGCUUCCAUUGUUAUUUAUAGGAAUCAAAAGGUUAUCAUACUCUUAUUUUUAUUUUCAUUUGUAACUAUAGAAAAAAAUUUCAAUUAAUUUCUUUUGCAUGGAAAGUUUGGAAAUGGGUGUUAAGAAAUUUGCAAAUGGAUAGAACGUGCAAACAUAUAUUUAUGUUUAUUAUGAAAGGCGAACUUAAUGGUUUAAUAAUAAUAUAUAUUAUUGGAAGUGAUUUUCAAGUUGCUAAAUUAUAUAUAAAUAUAUAAUUUUCGGUCUUUAAAAGUUUUAAUGUGCAAAAAAUUAUUUAUAAUAACUUUGAUUAACAUAAAUUUAAAAUUUUUAACCAUAUAGUAACAUAUUUUAUAGAUAAAUCUUUAUUGUAAAUUGUAAUAAAAAC